UUUUCUAAAAUACUGAACAUCUUUUGAAAAGGACAAGCAGUUUUUGGCAUUUUAGGGUGGCCAAACAAGCAAGAAAUCAAACUAUCUCAUCUUGAUCCUUGUCAUUAGCUAUUUAUAAAGAGGGCAAUUCAAGCUCUCUACCCAUCAAUCAUUCAACCCCAUAAUCUUCACAUUACAGAAAAAAAGGAGAGACUAAGAGAGUACUGUUGCAGUAAUAAUGGCAACUAAUCACAGAGAGAGCAGAAAGCAGCAGAUAAUAGCAAUAAUUGGAGCAGGAAUCAGCGGCCUCUUAGCCUGCAAAUACAGCAUUUCUAAAGGUUUUGAUCCAAUUGUAUUCGAGUCCGAGAGUAGCAUUGGGGGUGUUUGGACUAAAACCAUUGGCAGGACUAAGCUGCAAACACCAAAACCGUUUUACCAGUUCUCUGAUUUUCCCUGGCCCGAUUCGGUAACUGAAGUGUUUCCUGACCAUCAAACAGUGCUGGAGUACAUUGAAUCUUAUGCUCGUCACUUUGAUUUGCUACGCCAUAUCCAGUUUAACAAGAAAGUAUUGAGCAUCAGCUAUGAAGGUGGCGACUCAAUUAGUGGAGAAUGGAAUUUGUGGGGCGGAACCGGUGAGGCUUUUAGCAAUAAAGGGAAGUGGAACGUCACCGUACAAGACAUUCGAACCCUCUCCACACAGGUAUACCAAGUUGAUUUUGUAGUAGUUUGCGUGGGAAGAUUCAGCCAAGUUCCCAACAUCCCUGAAUUCCCCCCAAACAAAGGCCCUGACGCUUUACAAGGCAAAGUAAUCCAUUCAAUGGACUAUUCCAAAAUGGACCCCAAAAGUGCAGCCAACUUUGUCAAAGGAAAACAAGUAGCCAUCAUUGGAUUCAAUAGAUCAGGAAUGGACGUUGCCAUGGAGUGCUCAACGGUUAAUGGGGUUGAACUUCCAUGCACAGUAGUAAUCAGGACACCUCAUUGGGACCUUCCUGACUUUUUCCCAUGGGGAUUCUCUCUGGCAAAAAUCUAUUUAAGUCGAUUCUCCGAACUUACAGUGCAUAAACCCGGUGAAGGCCUUCUUCUAAGUCUCCUCGCCACAACUCUUUCACCAUUGAGGUGGGCCUUCUCAAAAUUUGUAGAAAGUUAUAUAAAAUGCAAAAACAGGCUUGCAAAACAUGGAAUGGUGCCAGAGCACAGCUUCUUAAAUGAUUUGACUUCCUGUUCACUUGCUAUAGUGCCGGAGGGCUUGUACGACAGAGUUGAGGAAGGAAGUAUCAAGCUCACCAAGAAAGUAGAGAUUUUUGGAUUCUCUAAAGAAGGUAUCAUGCUCAAGGGUCAGGCUGAACCAAUAAAAUCCGACUUAGUCAUACUCGCUACGGGCUUCAAGGGAAUUGAUAAGCUCAAACACAUUUUUGAAUCAACAAAAUAUCAGGAAUUCAUAGCCGGCUCAGAUGAUUCUGCAGCUCCCCUCUAUAGGGAAUGUAUCCAUCCUCGAAUUCCACAACUGGCAAUAAUUGGAUUCUCAGAAAGCAUAGCUAAUCUAUACACAUCGGAAAUAAGGUGCCGAUGGCUGGCAGAGCUUCUUGAUGGAAAAUUUAAGCUACCUAGCAUCAAGAUCAUGGAAAAAGACACAGCAGAAUGGGAUAAAUACAAGAAGAGAUAUUCUUAUAGAAAGAACUACAUGAGACCAUCUAUAGCUGCAUUGCACAUUUGGCACAAUGACCAACUUUGUAAGGACAUGGGAUGGAACCCGAAAAGGAAAAAGGGUCUUUUUGCUGAGUGGUUUGAACCUUAUGGACCAAUGGAUUAUGUAGGCUAAUAUAAAAGAGCUCCAGGACCUCCCCUUAAGAAAUGAAGCCUCCUUUCCUAUAUAUGUUUAUUUUGUUUCUUAAUGCUUUUCAUUCAUGCUACUCAUGUGUUUGUCUAGCUUUUCGGCACAUGCAUUGCACCAGCAUGCUGAGUCAUGUAAUAUAGGUUUUGUAAAAUAAUAUCAAUAUUAUUAAAAUAAAGCUCUAAAUAUAGAAUAAAAUACUACUACUAGUUUUUCCA